AUGUUGCCGAAGGCUGGAGGCGUAGAGAAGGGACCAGGUUGCAUCGAACAGGGACCAGGGUUGGAUGUUGGCGAGAUACGAGAGAACUUGCGACUCCUGCUGGAUCUUAGCUCACAGCUUCCAUCUGAGACAGUUCUUUCGCCAGACGAUUCCACAGUCUUUCGCGACUCUUGCUCGGCGCUGGAGAAGGUGUUGACCGCGCCCACACGGGGGUACGAUGACACACUAUAUCGAUCCUCAGAUAGAGUGGAUUCACUAGAAGACGUUGCUGCAGACCAUCGCGAAGAAACCGCACAUCCAGGAAACAAGAGGGAAGAAGCUCGUCAAUAUGGCCGUGAACUUUCAUUGGUACUGAACCGUCUGACAAAAGCAAACGAGGAUUUCCGGCAGCGGAGAGUCGAGCAGCGUCAAAUCCACGACCAAUACCAAAUCAGAAGCGAAGAGUUUUCGGCCCGGGUCUCUGAGCUGGAGGAUGAAGUGAAAUCGCUUCACGAUGAGGUGUUUAACAUCACCAUCGAACUGGAGUGUAUGCGUGGCACUGUCUCUGGACUUGACUCCUGGUUAAGUCACUGGAAGAACCAAAACAAUAGUGACGGCCAUUUAAACUCCGUUUUGAAAAGGCCAGCUAAACCGCGAGGCAAGAGCUCAAAGUACUUUGAGCAGCUGGACAGGCUCCAAGAGCAGAGAGAUGGCCUGAUAGACGGGAUAACCGCCUGGAUGCGAGGAUGGAACGACGCAACAGACGGAUUUCAGGCUCGCUCAACGAGCUAG